UAAUCACAGUACUGAUCCACGCCCUGAGCCUGGCCCGGACAGCCGGCAGCUAGCUUAGUCCAGUCCCGCGCUGCAACCCAACUCGACGGGGGUGUGGGCGCCGCCUCGGGGUUCGCUCACCAUGGUCUCCUCGGCGCAGCUCAGGCGGCUCAAGCCCCUGUACCAGCUGGAGGUGAACAACAUCCUGGCCAUCGUCACGGAGCCGUUCGCCGCCGCUGCCGUGCUCAAGGCGGCGGAGCUGGGUCCCGGCGAGAUCCUGGAACGCCUCCGCGCGCUCCGGCCCGCGCACAUGUUCCUCGCCGCGUUCCUGCGGGCGGCGGCGGCGGCGCUGUACCUCAGGCUCCGCCCGCGCGCGGUGUACCUGGUGGACUACGCGUGCUUCCGCACCAACCCCAACUGCCGCGUCCCGUUCGCGACGUUCCUGGAGCACUCCCGCGUGUGGCCGGGCUUCGACGAGCGCAGCGUCCGGUUCAUGACGCGGCUGCUGGAGCGCUCGGGGCUGGGUGAGGAGACGUGCCUGCCGUACGCGCAGCACUACAUCCCGCCGUCCCGGGACCUCGAGUCCUCCCGCGCCGAGGCCGAGCUCGUCAUCUUCUCCGCCAUCGACGACCUCCUCGCCAAGACCGGGCUGUCCCCGCAGGACAUCGACAUCCUCGUCGUCAACUGCAGCCUCUUCGCGCCGACGCCGUCCUUCACCGACAUGAUCAUGCGCCGGUACAAGCUCCGCGAGGACGUGCGCGCUGUGCACCUCGCCGGGAUGGGGUGCAGCGCGGGGCUCAUCUCCGUGGAGCUCGCCCGGAACCUGCUCCAGGUGGCGCCCCGGGGCGCGCACGCGCUGGUGGUGUCCACGGAGACCAUCACCCCCAACUACUACAUGGGGCAGGAGCGCGCGAUGCUGCUCCCCAACUGCCUCUUCCGCAUGGGCGGCGCGGCGGCGCUGCUCUCCACCAACGGCGCCAACGCGCGGUUCCGGCUGGCGCGCGUGGUGCGCACGCUCCGCGGCGCCUCGGACAGCGCCUACCGGUGCGUGUACCAGGAGGAGGACGACCGGGGCAACGUCGGGAUCAACCUGUCCAAGGACCUGAUGAACAUCGCCGGCGACGCGCUGAAGGCGAACAUCACGGCGAUGGGUCCCCUGGUGCUGCCGGCGUCGGAGCAGCUGCUGUUCGCGCUGUCCUUCAUCGCGCGGAAGGUGCUCAACAACCGGAUCAAGCCCUACAUCCCGGACUUCCGCACGGCGUUCGAGCACUUCUGCAUCCACGCGGGGGGCCGCGCCGUGAUCGACGAGCUGCAGCGCAGCCUGACGCUGUCGGACGAGCAGGUGGAGGCGUCGAGGAUGACGCUGCACCGGUUCGGGAACACCUCCAGCAGCUCGCUCUGGUACGAGCUCGCCUACAUCGAGGCCAAGGGCCGGAUGCGCAGGGGCGACCGCGUCUGGAUGAUCGGCUUCGGCUCCGGGUUCAAGUGCAACAGCGCCGCCUGGGAGUGCAUUCGCCCCGCCGCCAACGCCGACGGGCCAUGGGCAAACUGCAUCCACCGGUACCCCGUCCACAUCCCCGACGUGCUCAAGCACUGACCGCCCCGUCCGUACAGCCGCCGUUCCUGCAGCCCUCUCCGUCCGGUGUCGCGCAUCUCCCAGUACAUCUCCAUUACUACUCUUCUGUGUUGUGUUCCCUAAACCGUUGGCAACAGCGACCGGGGCCGGCCAUGAACUCGAAAUUCGGGGGUCGAGGACUUGUCGUGUCAGCGAGCAGCGGCGGCGGCGGCGGGCUGGUCGUCAUAAAGGCGGCGGGUCGGGUCAGGCUCUGGUGCAUGUGCGCCGGGAGGGCAAAACGUGAUCACGUCGUCCUCUUCCAGGAGGGCGGCUGCCGGCUUUACACGUACACUCGUUGGAUGUGACUCGUGUCGUGUCGUGUUCCCACUUCCUUUUCUCGAUGUGUGUUUUUUGUGUUUCUUUUGGGCCAUGUUUAGUUACUCCCAACUCCCAACUUUGACACUAUGCAAAAAGAAGAUUCCCCAUCACAUCAAACUUGCGGUA